AUAGAGACUCAUAGAUUUAGCCGGUGGUAACUUGUGGGAAAAGACACCGGUUGGAAUGUGGUUUUAACCAAUCAGCAUUCAGGAUUAGACCCAGCCGUUGUAUAAAAAAUGAUAUACACAAAGUCAGAUCUUAACUCCCAGUAGGAGAAACCCAAAAUUGAGGUAAACUGGACAAAAUUGACAACAUGGCCGCCAAUGGGACCAGCAACUACCCAGCAUACCCCACCGACUUCCCCUACAACUCCAGCCUAGACUAUGAGGACUACGACCAGGAACCUGACACUAGCAAGAUCAUCAUCCCCUCCAUCUACGCCCUGGUCUGCUGCGUGGGUCUAACAGGCAACACCAUGGUUAUCUAUGUUAUCCUUAAGUACGCCAAGAUGAAAACCGCCACCAAUAUUUAUAUAUUGAAUCUGGCAAUUGCAGAUGAACUGUUUAUGUUGAGUGUGCCGUUUCUGGCGACAUCGGCGGCUGUACGUCAUUGGCCAUUUGGCUCGCUCAUGUGCCGUCUGGUGUUGAGCGUGGAUGGCAUUAACAUGUUUACGUCCAUCUUCUGUCUGACGGUGUUGAGCGUGGAUCGAUACGUGGCCGUGGUUCACCCUAUCAAGGCUGCCCGCUACCGCCGACCGACUGUUGCCAAAGUGGUCAACGUCUGCGUGUGGGGCCUCUCGCUCCUCGUCAUCCUCCCCAUUAUAAUUUUUGCCGACACGGUCCCGGCGCAGGACAGCGGUGUGGACUGUAACUUUCUGUGGCCUGAGGCAGCGUGGUCGGAGGCGUUCGUGGUCUACACCUUCCUGCUCGGCUUCCUGCUUCCUGUGGGUGCAAUCUGCCUCUGCUACUGCCUGAUGGUGGCGCGCAUGCGGGCGGUCGGGCUGAAAGCCGGUUGGCUGCAGCGGCGACGCUCUGAGAAAAAGAUCACACGGAUGGUGGUGUGUGUGGUGGCGGUUUUUGUCCUCUGCUGGAUGCCUUUCUACAUCGUCCAGCUGGUCAGUGUGUUCCACCACCCUCCCAACCCCAUGGUCACCCAGCUCUUCGUCAUCCUAAGUUAUGCCAACAGCGGCGCCAACCCGAUCCUCUAUGGCUUUGUGUCGGAUAACUUCCGCCGGUCGUUCCAGAGGAUUGUGUGUUUCCGUUGGUUGGAGUCUGGGCUGGACUGUGAACAGGUGGACUACCGUGCUGUAGCCCUGAAGAGACAGGCCACCAAUGGACAAAAAGACUUCCCUAAAGAAUGUCUGGCAUCUGAUAUGGUGUUCCGGAAUGGAACAUAUACCUCACGCACUACUACAUUGUGACAGGGACAAGGUGUUGUGGAUGGAACCCCACACUGAUAGUGAUAGGGAAGCAACAAAUGACAACGAAUAAAACCACACAUGAAUAAUGAUGGAGGCCAGUUUUGAUAAGGACCAAUUAAAAAUAUGAAAUAAAUUAUGUUCUCUCACUAUAUGCUGUGACCAUUAUACGAGCACUAUUUAAUUUCAUACCACAUUAUUGUUGAAUACUCGUUUCUGAUUGGCUGGAAGGGCAAUCUAGAAUGGGCAUUAAACAAGAUAUACGGGAUACCUAAUCAAGACGCAGUAUAAAGCACUGCACAUGCUACACAGUUACAGAAAGCUAAACUAGCAACCACACAACCCGAUUACUGGAUACAUUGUAAACGCAGGUCCAACGAGAACCUAGCUAGCUAGCAUUCAUUUGUUUUUGCAGAGACAUCUGAUGACCUAACGUGGUGAGUGAUGGAAUGAACAUGAAUUUCUAUGCUGUCAAAUCCACAUGUUUCUAGUUUGACCUGUUUUCAGGCACUGAUAUUGAAUUAGGUUGUCAUAUUGGCAGGUUUGCUAGCAACAAAUUAUUUAGCUAGCUUCUAGCCUUGUGUUUGAUAUGCAAUGCGAUCUCCUCGUAAAAAAAAAAAGGAAAAGUGCCCUUACGAGAAGGGAAACUUUUCUCUGCCAGGCAAAAUCACACAUCAUCAGCUCAUUGUUAUGGAUGUAUCCAAAUGAAUGUCAGUAGAAAACAGCUUAAACGCAAAUGUGGCUACUUUUAUGUUAAUUCUAGCUGCAGAUGUUGACGUGACUGUGUUAGCCGGGGUUGGCUAGCUAGAAAGCAAGGGAUAAGAACGUUAACAGACAGCAUGGAAAUAAAAAUAAAUACAAAUAACAAUGGGUCUUGUCCAUAGAUAUAGAACAAAAACAAUGAACAACAGUGAUAGAACUACGACCAGAUUUAGUGGAAAGAUGAAAGUAUGAAAUCACUUACCAAAAUGAGAACAUCAUGAUUGUUAUUUAUAUUGAUAAAUGUGUGCUUUAAUAUUGUUUGUUGGAAACUGUGGUAUAAGCGGGAUAAACUCCUCCGUUCUGUACAUUACCUCUGCCUCAUCCCGCUGCAUCAUCCAUUAUUUCCAAGGUAAUGUACAGAACGUCAGCGUUUAUCCCAGCGCAUAGCACAGGAGAAUGUACGCACAAAAUGGAGACUUUAGAUGUCAGUGUGUUAGUUGACUUAAAGCCAAGUCAGGACAACAACUUCCCGUAUUGAAGUGGUGCAGCUAUGACGAGUUCAUGAUUUUGACUUUGCAUCGGUCUUUUAGCUGGAGUUUACAGUACAUAUGUUUGUUUGACCUGUGUCUGCCUGUCUGUAAAUCUAUUGUAUCUGCUAUAUAUUAAAUAACUCAUUUAUUUGUUUAUUUAUUUGGGGGGGUUAUCAUAUUGUUUUAUUUAACUAGGCCAAACCCUGUGCUUGGCUUAAGUACAUGGACAAUAAUUGAAUAACUGACAGACUCAUUUGCCACCGAGGUCAAGUCUGAAUCAUUCUAGGGGUUAAAACGUAUUCAUGCCAAAAGUCUCUGAGUGUUGCUGUGUUCUCUGUUUCUUUCACUUUCUCAAACAAGCUCAGACAAGCUGCCCAAAGGGACAACUGUAAAUAGCCAAGCUGAAAUAAAUGUUCCAUUUGGA